CCAGGUAGAGUGGCAACCCUGAUUCCCUCAGCAAAUCCUACUACCCGUGUAUGGGGGUGCGCCUAUGAAGUAACUGGUUCAGAAAACAUUGACAUCGCUUUUGAACACUUGAAUCAUCGAGAAGUUAUCAACGGUGGUUAUCAGUUUACAAAGGUAGAGUUCCAUCCGGAACCGAGCAAAUGCUUCUCAAACGACCCGCUGGAAGCAUGGGUUUGCGUACAUUUGCAAGACUGGAGUUCGGAUAACACAUCAAACGUAAGAUUAUCAGUCCCAAACGUAGCACUAUACUUGGGGAAAGCACCAAUUGAUGUUCAG